AAGGCAUCAAGGGAUCAGGCUGCUGCUUGCAAGAGGAGGGGAUACCACCUCAGGACCAGUGUGUGAGACCGUGUUACAAACUUUCCAUUACCAAUUACAUUAAGGCUCACCAGUUACAGUGAAGAUGCCACAGAAUGUGGUCCUCCCUGGACCUGCUCCCUGGGGUUUCAGGCUAACUGGGGGCAUAGAUUUUAACCAGCCUCUGGUCAUCUCAAGGAUAACUCCUGGAAGCAAAUCAUCUAUGGCAAACUUGUGUCCCGGUGAUAUGAUACUUGCUAUUGAUGGGUACAACACGGAAAACAUGACACAUGCAGAGGCACAGGACAGAAUCAAAGCGGCAACAGAUCAACUCUGUUUAAAGAUCGACAGAGCAGAAACCAGGAUGUGGUCUCCCCAGGUCUGUGACGAUGGAAAGUCACAUCCUUAUAAAAUAAACUUGGAAGCUGAACCACAGGAUUUGGGAUACUUUGAGCACAAGCAUAAUAUCCGGCCUAAGCCUUUCAUACUGCCAGGCCGAAGCAGUGGAAGCAGCACUCCUUCAGGUUUUGACCCCGGCAGCGGGCGCAGCACUCCUUCCACCGCAAGCACUGUUGGCACUAUAGAUCCGUGUGAGCUGAAAGCCGCUUCUCGGAUUGCACCUAACAUCCCCUUGGAAAUGGAGCUUCCCGGCGUGAAGAUCGUGCAUGCUCAGUUCAAUACACCCAUGCAGCUCUAUUCUGACGACAACAUAAUGGAAAGUCUACAAGGCCAGGUUUCUACCAUACUAGGGGAGAAGUCACAGAUGAGCGAUCCGGUGCCUGCCGGUGUGCCUCAGUCAGAUGUAUACAAAUUUCUUCAUGAUGACGCAGAGCAUCCAAGCAAACCUAGGCAGUCUGGUUCAUUUAAAGUUCUACAGGACAUGGUUGAUGAUGACCCUGAUCGCCCUUCAGGUACAAGGAGUGUUAAGGCACCGCUAACUAAGCCAAAUGCAGGAGCGGCAGCUGUGCAGAAGGUGCCAGUCUGUGACAAAUGUGGAAAUGGCAUAGUCGGCACUGUUGUGAAGGCUCGGGACAAGCUCCGUCAUCCCGAAUGCUUUGUGUGUGAAGACUGCAACCUGAACUUGAAGCAGAAGGGGUACUUCUUUGUGGAGGGUCAGCUGUACUGUGAAAACCAUGCAAGAGCACGCAUGAGGCCACCUGAGGGAUACGAUGCCGUCACUAUCUACCCAAAGGCUUAAAGUUUGAACACAUCCCAUCUGCUAAUGCAGGGCUUUACAGACUAGGCUAGGCCAACUUUCCUGAGUUUAAAAAGGCAGAUUUAACAGUACAUAUGCAUCUAGUUAUUAUGUGGACAGGAAGCACAGCAUUUAUAUUAAUAAAAAACACAACUCACUGUAGAUCACACGAGCAACUGGUUGGAAAUGAAAUCACUGCCAGAAGUGUCCUUUUGCUUUUAAUUGAGCAACAUGCAUUGCCUUUUAUUUGUAAUAUAGAUAUAGCACAUGUCAAUUGUGGAUGGAACAAGAAAUGUGUAGUUUUGUAGAUUGUUAGCUCCUACGCCUAGGAAAAUUAAAUUUAAAAAGGUUACCGCUUAUUAAAUAUUUGUUUACGCAGCUUGCCAUGCACGUGGGGGGAUGAGAUAACGAAGAAAAAUACUGAAUUGUUUAGCUACUCAUUUUUGUACAGUUACUCAAGCUUCCAGUGACAAGGUAUUAACUUCACCGUCACAUGGGAAUCAUUAAUCUAAGCUCAAAUAAUAUUUAGCCGGCACACUAUCAUUUCCACAAAUAUUUAUACUAUUUUUCAUCUUAUUCCCAUAUGUCUAGCAUAUUCAUAAAAUAUUCUUCAAUAUUUUGUCCCAACGUUGAGGAUUUCUCCUUUCCUUCCCCACGAGUCGUUUGGGGUCUGUUUUAUUGCCAUUGAGAAUGCAGUUUCAAAGUAAUAAAAAAUGUUUUGCUUUAAUAAGUAAUCAUUAAAACGAAUGAAUGACAAGACUUGUUUAUGUGUGUGUGGGGGGGGGUCACUUUUUUGCAAUCCUGCUACUAAUGCUUGUAAUAUUGUGUUAAUAGAGGGUUUUUUAGGCUCACGGCCAUUGGAAAUGAAUUUGUCUGUUAUUUUGUUAUAUAACCGAUAAUAAACCUUUAAAAC